AUGUGUGAAGUUUCGUUCUCCCUUGUGAAUGAAUUUCUGUUGCAGACACCUGUAAACACAAUUGCUUCAAAUGCUGGAGUUGAGGGAGCUGUUAUUGUCGGUAAGCUGUUGGAGCAGGAUAACCCCGAUCUCGGGUAUGAUGCACAGCCAAAGGCGGGUAUUAUGGAUCCAUUGAAAGUAAUAAGAACUGCUUUGGUCGAUGUUGCAAGUGUGUCAUCAUUGAUGACAACCACCGAAGCCAUUGUAGUCGAACUUCCCAAGGAUGAGAAGGAUGUUUCAGCAAUGCCUGGUGGCAUGGGCGGCAUGGAUUAUUGA